AUGGUUCGCCACAGGGACUCUCGCUCACCAUCGCCAGCAGGAAGCCAGCACUCCUCGAAACGGCUUAGGAGGGAUGAUGAUAUUAGACGGGACCGGGAGCGCGACCGUCGCCCUGAUGUGCGAGGGCCGCGGCGGCGAACUCGUUCGCGGAGUUUAGAUGUGAGAUUUCCCCCUCCCCAAAGUGAUGGUAGAGCCUGGACUCAUGACCCCCAUUUUCAGCGCCACCGCCGGGAACGAGACGUACACCGCCGAAGAGACCGAUCAAUAGACCGUAGGGACGAUGAUUAUUACCGCUCCUCCAGAAGAGAUCGCUCGCGAGAGCGCAGAGACAGAUACGGCGAGAGGGACCGAUCCCCGGACGGGCGGCGUCGCAGGAGUCGAGAGCGGGAUUAUCGUGAUAGGCGAGACGAUUCUUAUGAUAGGGCACGACGGCGCCGGGAGGACUCUACUGACUCGGUGCCCCGUAGUAGAGGAGGCGAUUCUCGUGGAAAACCUCCAAGCAGACCCGAAACCACCAAGGAUAAUGAGGUUAGCAUGCACUCCCGGCCCAACAUUGGACAAGAGACUAACGAUGUUGCCCAGCCACCGAAGUCUGCUGCUCCAGCUGCGCAGACAGAGUCCGACAAAAAGGCAGAAAGGUUAGCAAAGCUGGAGGCGUGGAAGAAGAAGAUAGCAGAAGACAAGGAGCGUAAGGAGAAAGAACUUGCGGCAGGCGGAACGCGAAAGCUUCUAGAUGACAUAGACCAGAAAGCCAAUGGAUCUCCGGCCGUAGUAUCACCAGCAUCGCCAGGGACUCCGACAACUGCCGCUUCUCCAGCCCCUUACGCUGGGAAGUUCGAUCCAAAAGCAAUUGCGAAGAAGGCCGUGGCGAGCUCUAACAAUGCGAAUGCGAUGGGAAAGGAUUUACCUUUGAAAGAAUUGACAAAAGCGUCCGCUACCUUACCUUCUUCGGUGAAAGGGUUACAAGCUGACAAGAAGCCUACAGCUUUCAACAGCAAUUCCAAUGGUAUGUCCUCGUCAAUAAAGUCCAAUACUGGUUCACAAGCUAACAAGUAUACUACAGCAUCAGCGUUGCCUAAAGCUAGAGCAAACCUAAGUGCUUUCGGAUUAAACACUAAGUCCGCCACCGAGAACGAAAAGGCAACUAAACGAAACUUUGACUUUGGCGAAGACGAGGAAGGAAGGAAGAAGUUAGAAAAGCUACCAACCCUCCCUCUGGCAAACACUGAAGAUGAUGAUGCUGCGCUCGCUAACGGUGUCGAAGGUGAGGAGGAUGAUGACGUUGAUAUGGAGGUUGCUGGCACUGAAGAAGAGGCUGCUGCUGCCGCGAGGGCUGCUGCGGAAAAACGGGAGGAGAGGUUACAGGAGCAGAGUUUGGCAAACGGUGCGCCUGAGAUAAAUCGAGAGGCAACCGAGACUGCAUUAGACGGAUCUGAAGAUGUAAGAAUGGAGGAUGCCGGUACUACGCAAGCCGAGCCCCCAUCUACGGAGCACGACGAAGAGAUCGAUCCUCUUGAUGCGUUUAUGGAGGAAAUUGGAGAUCCGUUUGCUGCUCCAAAGCAUGAUGGCAACUUCAGUAAGAAAAAAAACAAACGGCAAGAACCAGAAGCAUUAUUUGGUGACGACGAUGUGGAUUUAAACACCAUCGAAGCCGACCCAGAUGAUAUUCUCGCAAUGGCGAGUAAAGCUAGAAAGAAAAAGGAUUUGCCGACCGUCAACUUCUCUAAAAUGGAUCUCGAGCCGUUCCGGAAGAACUUCUACGCCGAACCUGCUGAACUGGCCGAAAUGACACCGGAAGAGCUUGCCGACCUACGCCUUGAACUUGAUGGAAUCAAGGUAGCCGGCAAAGAUGUCCCCAAACCUGUGCAGAAAUGGUCUCACUGUGGUCUGAAUGUUCAAACGCUCGAGGUAAUUCGCAAGCUGGGAUACGAAGGGCCUACCGCAAUCCAGAUGCAAGCAAUUCCUGCAAUCAUGUCUGGUAGGGAUGUUAUAGGUGUGGCCAAGACCGGAUCGGGCAAGACCAUUGCAUUCCUUCUACCAAUGUUCCGUCAUAUUCGUGAUCAGCCACCCUUGGAAAGUUCUGAUGGUCCUAUCGGCCUGAUCAUGACUCCGACACGAGAGCUUGCAACCCAAAUCCAUAAAGAAUGCAAACCUUUUCUGAAGGCUAUGGGUCUCCGGGCAGUCUGUGCCUACGGUGGAGCUCCCAUUAAAGAUCAAAUCGCGGACUUAAAAAGGGGCGCCGAGAUCAUUGUUUGCACGCCUGGUCGAAUGAUCGAUCUGUUGGCCGCCAACUCUGGCAGAGUUACCAACCUGCGACGGGUGACCUACGUCGUUUUGGACGAAGCAGAUCGUAUGUUCGAUAUGGGCUUCGAGCCCCAGGUGAUGAAGAUAUUUGCAAAUAUUCGGCCCGACAGACAAACUAUCCUUUUCUCAGCUACGAUGCCUCGCAUUAUGGAUGCAUUAGCUAAGAAGACCCUUCAGUCACCAGUUGAAAUAACUGUAGGCGGAAGAAGUGUUGUUGCGCCCGAGAUCACGCAGAUUGUUGAGGUCCGCGAGGAGAAGGACAAGUUCCAUCGACUGCUGGAACUGCUUGGAGAACUCUACGAUAAGGAUGAAGAUGCCCGUACUCUCAUCUUCGUAGACCGGCAGGAGAAAGCAGAUGACCUUCUUAAAGAUUUAAUGCGGAAAGGCUACCCCUGCAUGUCAAUUCAUGGUGGGAAGGACCAGAUCGAUCGAGAUUCGACUAUUGAUGACUUUAAAGCUGGAGUUAUACCAAUCAUGAUUGCUACCUCGGUUGCUGCUCGGGGUUUGGACGUGAAGCAACUCAAACUAGUUGUCAAUUUUGACGCGCCAAAUCACUUGGAGGACUACGUCCACAGGGCCGGCCGCACUGGCAGAGCAGGCAACACGGGUACCGCAGUUACAUUCGUUACCGAAGACCAAGAACAGUUCUCGGUUGGAAUAGCUAAAGCCCUCGAGCAGUCUGGUCAGCCUGUACCUGAGCGUCUCAAUGAGAUGCGCAAGUCCUUCCGUGACAAAGUCAAGAGUGGUAAGAUGAAGGACAGCUCUGGCUUCGGCGGCAAAGGCCUGGAACGUCUCGAUCAAGAGCGCGACGCGGCGAGGGCUCGUGAGCGGAAGACCCACAAAACGGAUGGGGACGAUGAGGAGGAGAAGGAUGAUAAGGCCGAUGAUGACGUCGUUCUCAAGGCUGCCUCCGUGGUCCAGCCUGCAGCUACAGCUCCGACACCACAACUUGUCGGUGUGCCUAAGGGCAUUGAUUUGGAUGGCAAGAUCACAGUCCAUCGCACUGAGCCCGCGACUUCAGGAGCUGGUGGAUCCAAGAACCCCCUGGAUAAGGUUACCUCUGCCAUCGACGCUAUCAACGCACGCCUCAACAAGACUGGCCAGUUACGCUCGGGUGUGCCGAUCGAUAACAAAGGCCCAGACGCAGGCGCCUUCCAUGCCACGCUGGAGAUCAACGACUUCCCUCAGAAGGCAAGGUGGGCAGUUACGAACCGGACCAAUGUGGCUAAGAUUCUUGAAGCGACUGGUACGUCAAUUACAACCAAGGGAAGCUUCUACCCAACGGGUAAAGAUGUGCAGCCUGGAGGAGACCCGAAGUUGUAUAUCUUGGUCGAGGGGGACACGGAGGUGGUCGUCACCAAUGCCAUGAGGGAGCUAAUGAGAUUGCUGAAAGAAGGCACAAUGGCAGCGGCAGAUGCCGAAGGCAGAGCGCCGGCCAGUGGCAGAUACAAUGUUGUAUAG